AUGAAAGUUACAAUCGCUUUCGGGUACACCAGGGUCGUUGUGCCAAGUCAAUCGAGCCAGACUGUUCACGAACUUAUGCAACAAGCUGCCUACCGCUAUCUGAAAUUGCUCAACAAAAACUGCCAUGUAUUCAAAUUGGAAACUUCGGACGGCGCCCUGCUGUGCGGCGACGAUUUGGUUCAAGACGUCGUUGACGACAAAGAAAUCCUCGUCGCAGUCUACGACGAAGAAGAAGAAACACUAGAGGACACGACACCUGGGCUGAUGUCCUCGCCUUAUUGCCACCCGCGGCUGGCCGGAGAAGCUUCCCUCGGACUCAGUCCCAUUCAGAAUCCGAACCAUCAAAGGCUUCAAGAGGAACCGGCUACUUCGAGUCCACUGAACUCCAUCGCGGAAAUAUCCACUUUCUCCCGCGGUGGAAUGAAUAGAUCGAGACAUUCCCUGAGAAGCAGCGAGUUUGACUAUGAAAAGUUCCGCAGCGAAGGACACAAUUUAGACGAGAACAAAGACGACGAGGGAUUUUACUCGGACGCAACGAUUUCAGUCUAUUUUCAGCAUUCAACUAUUUUGAAAAUCAACCGAGAUCCUCGUGAUGAGAUGAGAAUCGAAUUCAGCGAUUGGAAAAGCUCAAGAUCUGAUGGAGCAGUUUUGGGACUCAAAGUUGCUUCAGUCAGAAAUGCCAAUAGAGAGCAGUUCUUUUUUCCUGGCGACGGAAUUCUAGAAGAGCCUUCAAUCGUACUCAGAGUGGUGACGCAAGACGUCAUUCAAGAGAUACAAUCACUGGAAUCGAGUCUUAUGUCCGAUGAUGCUCGCGACGAGCAACAUCUUGAGAAUUCCUCAAAUUUCGAGCUCAAAGCCGCUACAAAUGUAAUAAACGCGAAUAGAAGAACAGGACGCUGGAAAAAGCUGGAGAUAGAAGUCUUCAAAGGAAACAGCGGCCUGGGAUUCACAAUUACUUCCAGAGACACUGCUCUUUCAGCGAACCGAGGAGUAUCGCCGUUGAUUGUGAAUCGAAUUCUACCCGACAGUGCAGCUCAAUCCAGCGACUUACAGAUAGGCGACAAGCUACUGAGCAUCAAUGGCGACGAUAUUUCCUCACUGACUCAAUCCCAAGUCGUGAAACUCUUAAAAGCAUGUCCAAGCGGUGCUUUGGUUUCGCUAGGAAUCUCCCGCCAAGUUCGAAAGGAGCGAAAAUGCGCGCCAGAAUCAGAAAACGAAGAAGAUAAAUUCACAGUUCACUCAAAAGUCUUGGAAAUGUUCAAAGGCCCAACCGAAGUGUGCUCAUUCAAUAUUCCGAUGGUGAACACGAGUUUGGGCAUUCAGCUGAAAGGAACUAAUUCCGAUAAACAUUCCACGCUUUCUGGUUUAUUCGUUGACAAAAUUUUAACGACAGGCGCUGCGUUCAAGGACGGGCGGAUCAAGGAAAACGACAAGAUUCUCGCCAUUAAUAAUCAUUCCCUGCACGGAUAUGACAAUGAAACAGCACUAGAAGUCAUCCGCCAAAACCUCGCGAGUUAUAGUCGCUCCGAAGUUCUCAUAAAAGUCGAAAGACCAAAAACAUCUGUAAAGAAAUCACUCUCAUACCCAAACUCGUUCGUCAUUUCAAAGCCUCAUUCACCCCGGAAAACCGACUCACUUCCUCGACAGUUCAACGAUUCGUACAUUAUGGCAACUCAGCACGGCAUCCGUACAUUCUCACUCGACUCCAAUUCCGCAAAAUCCGGUAUCAAUAGAUCGCAAAGCCUGCACGAGUGCAACUCCGCUCAAAACAAAAUCAUCAAUAAAUGCGAUUCAAUGAGUUAUAUAGAGUGCUCGAUCGACUCUGAAGAGUCCGACUAUCUCGCCUUCGAGCGUGAGAGCUCAAUGCGCAAAAGUUUCCACGAAAAUCGCAAGCAAUCGAACUCGCCCCCGGCCAAAUUCUUCAACAUGUAUGACGCGUAUCGAAAAAAGAAAAACGAGCACUAUGAUUACACUCCAAAGGCAAUCAUUCCCCGCGUUCGAGAUCUAUCGAGCGAAAUCGACGAGCCACAGAAGGCAACAAGAUCCACAAACGUUAUCAGACGAACGCGUCCGCAAGCUCUACGUCGAGUUUUCAGUCUUCACGUCGAUCUUCCAGCUCUUCCAGAGGAAGAACGAGCUCCAACGAGUUCGGAAGCGGUUCAGAGAAGAGCCAGCUACUGCGUCGCUCGGCCAGCUCCGAUCGAGCGAGUGUCAGCACCCGUGCCAGUACGAGCGGCGUCAGCUCAAUCGGAGCCGCAAGCAACUCCGCUCGCUCGCCGCCGAUGGCGCCGUGCUCUUACGACCCUGGCAGGGAGAGGCCCCCGCCACGAAUUACCCCCGCCUCCGCUCCCAGACAGCAACACAACGGCCGACAUUUCUACGCGCACUUCAGCGAAGAAGACCGUCGCAGAUAUGACCACAACGGUGGAUCUGGGCCGCCGAAAAGUUGAAAGUAAAGAAAAAGACGACUGCAAAAACGGCAACGAUGCACCCAACUUACGCGCUCUCAGCGGAAAGUACCUCCCAAUCGUCACUGAGCCAAAGUAUCCAACGAUCGGCCGGUAG